UCAACAUCCGUAAACAAACAAUACUAUUCCUCUCUCUCUCUCUCUCUCUCUCUCUCUCUCUCUCGCUCGCUCGCUCUGUAUUUCGUCCAACAUCUUGAUCCAAAUUGGGACGGUAGCACAACGAUCAUCUGAUGCAAGUAUUGAAAACUCAAGACAGAAUUGAAUAAGAAUCUUGAAUCUUUCAUGAAAAGAAAGCGUAGCAUGGCCGAAGAAUUGGAAGUUCGUAGUGAUAGAAGGAUCAGCAGAAAUGAGGAAGAAGAAAACACAUUAUCAGAUUAUUCACAGAAUAUCUCAUCUAUUGACUUGAACGAAGAAGCCGGCAGCAAUAUGGAUGGUGAUGCCAUGGAGGUUUCAGACAUCAGCGUUCAAUAUGCUGAGCAAACAGAAAAUAGUAACAAAUCCGAGGAAGGAAAUGGAAACAAGAGUGGAGUUCGUAGAUAUGUUCGGUCCAAAAUGCCCAGGCUCAGGUGGACUCCGGAACUCCAUCUCUCAUUUGUUCGUGCUAUUGAAAGACUAGGCGGGCAACAAAGUGCCACUCCUAAAACUGUGCUUCAGAUGAUGAAUGUGAGAGGACUUAGCAUUUCUCAUGUCAAAAGUCACUUACAGAUGUAUCGAUGCAAGAAACUGGAUGAUUCCGGCCAAGUAAUGAGUCAAGCCAAGCCAGGAUAUUGUAAUAUCCGAUCAAGAGAUUAUUUUUGUACAAGUAAUUUGUAUGAAAAAUCCAACCCUUUACAGAACUUGAGAUUAGAAAAUGGUGUCAUAACCUUCGCGCAAAAUUCUCCUAAUCAAGGCCAUCGCUUAUCCUCAUAUGAUCAGAUCAAAGGAACACCAUCUCCGAGAUAUCAGCACUGGUCAUCCAAUAAAGAAUAUCCCAAAAUCAGGCUAAAUCCUCGUGUAAGUGUAGAUGGCAAUAAUUUCUUCAGAAGUACAGCAAAUAUCCCACUCAAACCUAACCAAUUUCUUGAAGAGAAAAGAUGGCCUCCACGACAAUUUAUUAAUGUGAAUCAAUGUAAGGACAAAAGGGUUCCUGUAUCUAACACAACAGCUGGACAAUACAAGUCAAGCAUCAUAUCAGAAACAUUUGGCCUCACUUUUAAAGAUCCGUUUCAUGUUAAGAUGAACAAGGAAAAGAUGAUGAAAGUUGAAGAUUGGCCUGAUUUGCAACUCGGUUUGAGCAUUACUGCAAAAUCUAACCACGAGAAGACUUGUAGUAAGGGUGAUUCAGAAAUUAAUACAAUGCUUUCUCUUUCUUUGUUCCCACAUUCUUCAAGUGCAAACUAGCUAUAGUAUUAUGCACCAAGUAAGUUCAAUAUUGUAGUCGAUAUAUAUCUAUUAUAUAUACACAAAUAUAUAGAAACAGGUGGGAAGCUGAGUACUGGAGAUCUGACCGUGAAUGCAUGCAGGAGAGCAUAUUAGUGAGAUCUUCUUAGUACUUUGUCUUAGAAGACAUUUUGAUUGAUUAUUUUCAUGCGACCAAGAAUUAGGGUUUGGUUUUUUUUAUGGAAAUAAGGCAACUGUGGACUGCCUAUAUGGUUAACUUUGUGUAUUUUCAUAAAGUUUCGUUGCAUUUUAAUGUGUAUCUAGUCUCUAACAGAUGUUUUUCAUUAA